AUGGGAUCGAUGCUGAGACGUAUUCGGGGGCACACAUUAUAUUGUGGAAUAGUAACGGAGGCACGUGCUGCCGCGGCAGAGAGGGACGGAUUCACUGAACGUCCUUGGCGAGGGGGCGCAAGGGGCGCCUGCGGCAUCAGACGUUUCAAUCAUCCCCGGCGGGAGAGGGACGGGGGCAUCGGUUCCCGCCGCGCGCGCGAGAGAGAGAUGCGAUGCCGUGCUAUUGACCGGCUAGCAGACCACGCCCACCCGGGCGAGACGCGGGCGCGC